UAAUGCUCGCCGCUAGCCGACAAGCAGAAGUGAAAAGCAAUGGAUAGCAACAGCAGCAGGAGCAGCAACAACAACAACAACUAACAUUAGCUGGCAUAUUCCUCAGGAAACAUCACAUGAAUGUAUUUGUGAAGCCAGUCUCUGCUGACCUGCAGUGCUGAAUGUCCUUCUAAGUGUCGAUGAAAAUGACCCCGAGAUGACUCAACAGUGGCUUGGACAUCUGUAAUUUGACAAGAUGAGACUUGCUCAAUUUGUCAGACUUGUCAUUGCUUGUAAUGAUCGCAACUGUAGGCACAUAUACUGCACCGACAUGGCCAAUAAACUAUAGUGAAUUGUGUUUAUUACUUUUUUUUGCGUUUUGCUAUCAGACUCACUAAAACACUAACUACAUACAUUAUCAUUUAGUUUGUUUUGAAUGGCUUUCAGUUGAUAACCAGUGCUGAUGAUGUCACUGGGUGAGCAGUCUCAAAAGUGGUUUCCAACCCAUGUCCAAGCCACUGUUCUUCAAGCAACCGGUUUACAGCCCAAGGGCAAAAAUGGCACCAAUGAUGCCUACACUAUCAUCCAGCUGGGAAAAGAAAAGUACUCAACAUCGGUGGCAGAGAAGACACUUACCCCUGUCUGGAAAGAGGAAGCCUCCUUUGAAUUACCUGGUUUACUUUUGGAGGGCAACCCAGAAGUAUAUGAACUCUGCCUUAUAGUGAUGCAUCGGUCCUUGGUUGGGAUGGACAAGUUCCUGGGUCAAAGGUCCAUCAACCUUAAUGAAAUCUUUGACAACAAGCAACGGAAGAAAACUGACUGGUAUUCCUUGGAGUCCAAGCCGGGGAAGAAGAGGAAAGAACGAGGCCGCAUUCAAGUCAGCAUCCAGUUCAUAAGGAACAACAUGACGGCCAGCAUGUUUGACCUCUCCAUGAAGGAAAAGCCCCGCUCGCCUUUCUCCAAACUGAAGGACAAAAUGAAGGGUCGCAAACAUGACGGCGGCUUUAGUGACACAUCGUCCGCCAUCCUGCCUCGCUCUGCCAUGUGCGACUCAGAGCCGAACCGUCAGUCCUUCGCCCCAGAACCACAACCCCAGCCUGAAACCAAGGUCAAGAGACCACUACUCACUGGGGCCCAUAAACUCUCUGCAGCCCAUUCUAUGUCCGAUCUCAUUGGGACUCACUUUCGGCCCAAACUGGAUUCCAUGAACUCCAUAGAAGAGAGUGGCGGCCCUCAUAGGCGUUCCCAGAGCGAGGUGCCAGGCUACCAGGACGGCGAGGCACACAGUGACCCUUUCACUGAUAUCACUGACACCCUGCCACAGAAGUAUGCCACGCUCCCACGCAACCGCAACCCAUUUGAGGGGGAGCACGGGCAGCUGUGGGACCGGGCAGAGCGGAAGGAGAAAAAGGAGAAGGUCAGCCUACUGGAACGCGUGACAGGGAAGAAGGAAGGCCGCAAGACCAACAACGAUGGGCGUUCGGGCAGCUCUGGAGAUCUGCGUUCCCCCAACCCCUUUAGUGGAGACACGCAAACAGACACUAACCCAUUUAUCUCCAACUACAAAGCCAGGGAUAAAAAGUUAACAGGAAGUGAAGACAUCACGUUUGGCCAUAAGAAGAAGGACAUCCAUGGCAAGAAAAAGGAGGUGAAACAGGAAAGCGUGGCCGCCUACAGCAACUUGUCCUUUGAGGAAGUUGUGCAGGAACUCAUCAAGCAGAAAGAAGUGGUGAAAAAGAAAGAUGCCCACAUCAGGGAGCUGGAAGACUACAUCGAUAACCUACUUGUGCGCGUCAUGGAGGAGACGCCGAGCAUUCUACGGACACCAUAUGAGCCAAAAAAGAAGGCGGGUAAACUUUCUAAAAAGUAGAAAGAAAGACACAGGAUGAAAAAGUUACUAAUGAGGGUUUAGCAUGCAUCAAUAUCACGUGGUAAAAUAAGUGGGAACAAAUGGGCUUGAUCAAAGCCAAAUUUCUGAUUUGAUUUAUGUCUUUGCUUUAGAACAUUUUUAGUCGAGGGAUGUAGUUGUUUUUUAUAUGCUUUUUUUUUCUCUCCAAUGUUUUGAUUAUUUUAGUACACAGGUAUUUUGCCCUUUCUGUUUAGCAUUCCUAUAUUUACAUUUUCAAAUUACUUUAUGAAUACUUGCCGCGGUGCGUUUUUAGGUAGUUAAACAGGAUCAGCAUCGAUUGAUUCGUGUCCGAUCAAAUCCAUAUAUUUUUUGAAAAAAGGUCCGGUUUAGCUAUGUUUGUAUGCACUUGUGAACCCACGGAGGUCAGUUGCACAACCGGCCGCCAUCAUCUGCCCAGAAGCUGUUGAGGUGCAAAUGCAAGCCAACUUCGUGUUUACCAGAUGGCGUAGUGGCAGAAAGACGGUCAAGUGGGUGAUAAGCUGAAGCUGUAGUCGCUGUGUGUACACUCAGUCUUACACAUACACAAGUCUCAAACUGGCCACCUGAACUACGAAACGUGUUCAGCGGCGGCAGCAUCCGCUUUGUUUCCGAACCUCUUCUGUGCUACAGACAUGGACGAACUCUUCCCUCCUCCCCAACAGCCUGAGUGAUUCAUGGGUUUUCUUAAAAACGACUGGAUGACCGUUACGGUAAGAAGCUGCUGGAGUAUCUGCGAGUCUGGUUUCUCUCUAGCUUACUGAGUCAUGGGAUUUCUUUUUUUCUUUUUCAAAAACAAUGAACAAAUGUACUUUGCUGUUAUCAGUUACUGACUUUUUAUUCUUUAUUUUAUUUGUGAUGACUAUCAUUUAAGUAUCUCGGACCAAGGGUCUCAGUCACUCACUGAACGUGAUCAUUUUACUGACUUUAAGUGCAAUAAUCAUAACUUGAGUAUCUUGCUUUAUAUUCUGCUGGUAAUGUUAUUGUUUACAUUUAAUCACAUCUUUGAGUCAAACUCGUCUCUUAAUAUUGAUUUGAUUCACUGGAAAAGCCUGGAGGUCUGUGUUCCAGCCUCCACCGAUUGACCAGCCUUCAUCUCCUUCAAAUACUUUUUUUUUUUUUUUUUUUUUUUU